UCUGUCCAGGGGGUCUCAGGGCAGCGAGACUCCUUCCGGCCGCCCCCUGGCCAGUUAACAAAACCGAGGGCGCUGCUGGUAGGUGAGGAGGGGGCUAGAUUGUGGACUCCCCUGGGCGAAACGCUUUCACUCCUUGGCUGUUGCCGGGGCUGCUCUGGUGCUUGGGAAGUGAACUCCUAGGAGCCAAGACAUUGGUGACAGCAAAGACGCUGCAAACUUACGCGGAGGCAGCAGGAGCCUCCUCUCCGCAACGCAGAGCUUGCGUUCACGCCCAGAAGUUCAAGCGUGCAGGGUGAUCCAAAGACUUCCUGCAGCGGAGGUCACUUGAGGGGGCGCUAGAAAGCAGCCCCCUCCGGUGGUCCUUCCCUAGACCUUCCUAGGGAAGGAGCGCGGAGGAGGUGACACGAGCGGAGGACGUGGGCAAGACAGUGACCAGCCAGGAGCCAGGGUUUUCAGCUUGGAAAGUUGCGGAAGAUUGGAGGCUGCGAGGAGAGCUCGGGUCGCCGAGAGCUCCUAGAACGGUAACUAAUUGCCUCCUCCCUUCAAUGGUAGUAGUUUCUCUGGUCUCUGAGUGAAGGCCACUACAAACAGGGGCGCAGCACUCCGAGCAGCUGCGAGAGGCUCAGGGUCCAGCUGUCGAGCCCAGGGUGUCUCAUGGUCUCCGGACUCGCCCCUGACUUCCAGAUCGGUUUUGCUGAGAACCCUUCUUGCCUGCUUGCAGCUUGGAAAAACAGAAGAAUCGAGCUUACUCACAAUCCCUGAGAUCAAGAGGAAGGAACCUUUCAGGACUAAGGACUGUUUGGAACCCCUUCCUGUCUUGGAGAGAGUGAAGGGCGAGCAAGGCUGGACCAGCGAGGAAAGGGAGACUAAUAUAAACUCUAGCCCUCCAGCGGGAUGGGAGCCCUUGGGCUCCGGUGGCUGUUGCUGCUGCUGCUUUCGGCAGCAGCCUUGGACUCGGAAGCUGCAACAGAUCAGCAGGCGGGUUCCCCGGCCUCAGGGCCGCCUCUGCAGCCCCGGGAGCCACUCAGCUACUCGCGUCUGCAGAGAAAGAGUCUAGCAGUGGACUUUGUGGUGCCCUCUCUCUUCCGUGUCUAUGCCCGAGACCUACUGCUGCCGCAGCCGCCGUCCCCCUCGGAACCCGGGGCUGGUGGGCUGGAGACUCGGGGAUCACUAGCUCUGGACUGUGCCCCUCUACUUAGACUGCUGGGGCCACCGUCUGGGGUCUCCUGGGCAGAAAUCAGUUCGCCUAGUCCCGAGGUGGGUUCGACGCUGUCCAGGGUGCUGAAGGGAGGCUCUGUGCGCAAGCUCAGGCGAGCCAAACAGCUGGUGCUGGAGCUGGGCGAAGAGGCGAUCCUUGAAGGCUGCAUCGGACCGCCAGAGGAGGCCACGGCUGUGGGGAUACUCCAGUUCAACCUCAGCGAACUGUUCAGCUGGUGGAUUCGCCACGGAGAGGGGCGGCUGAGGAUCCGCCUGAUGCCCGAAAAGAAAGCAUCGGAAGUGGGCAGGGAGGGAAGGCUAUCCACCGCGAUCCGAGCCUCCCAGCCCCGCCUUCUCUUCCAGAUCUUCGGGACCGGUCACAGUUCCGUGGAGUCACCCAAAGGAAUGCCUUCUCCUCCUGAUAACUUUGUGUGGAAUCUGACCUGGACAAUGAAGGACUCCUUUCCUUUUCUGUCCCAUCGCAGCCGAUACGGUCUGGAGUGCAGCUUUGACUUCCCCUGUGAGCUGGAGUAUUCCCCUCCUCUCCACAACCACGGGAACCAGAGCUGGUCCUGGCGACGUGUGCCCGCAGAGGAGGCCUCGCAGAUGGACUUGUUGGAUGGGCCAGAGGCAGAACAAUCUAAGGAGACGCCCAGAGGCUCCUUCCUUCUGCUGAACACCUCUGCAGACUCCAAGCACACCAUUCUGAGCCCCUGGAUGAGGAGCAGCAGCGAGCACUGCACACUGGCUGUCUCAGUGCACAGACAUCUCCAACCCUCCGGGAGAUACAUUGCCCAGCUACUGCCCCACAAUGAAGCUGGAAGAGAGAUUCUCCUGGUGCCUACUCCAGGGAAGCAUGGCUGGACCGUGCUGCAUGGGAGAAUCGGACGCCCAGAGAACCCAUUCCGAGUGGCCCUGGAAUACAUCUCCAGUGGUAAUCGAAGCUUGUCUGCAGUGGACUUCUUUGCCCUAAAGAACUGCAGUGAAGGACCAUCCCCAGGCUCCAAGAUGGCCUUGCAGAGUUCCUUCACUUGUUGGAAUGGGACAGUCCUCCAGCUCGGACAAGCCUGUGACUUCCACCAGGACUGUGCCCAAGGAGAAGAUGAAGGCCAGCUAUGCAGUAAACUUCCUGCUGGUUUUUACUGUAACUUUGAAGAUGGCUUCUGUGGCUGGACCCAAGGUCCACUUUCACACCAUAUACCCCGGUGGCAAGUGAGGACCCUAAAGGAUGCCCAUUCCCAGGACCACCAAGGCCAUGUCCUAUCGCUCAGCACCACUGACGCCCUCACUUCUGAAAGUGCAACCAUGACCAGUGCGACGUUCCCUGCACCGAUGAAGAACUCUCCUUGUGAGCUCCGCAUGUCCUGGCUUAUCCAUGGGGCUUUAAGAGGAAAUGUAUCCCUGGUGCUGGUGGAGAACAAAACUGGGAAGGAACAAAGCCGAACGGUCUGGCAUGUCGCCGCCGAUGAGGGCUUGAGCCUGUGGCAGUGGACAGUAUUGUCGCUCUUGGAUGUGACUGAUAGGUUCUGGCUGCAGAUAGUCACGUGGUGGGGUCCAGGAUCCGGGGCAACAGUGGCAUUUGACAACAUUUCCAUCAGCCUCGACUGCUACCUCACUAUCAGUGGGGAGGAGAAAAUGCCCUCAAAUGCAGUACCCAAAUCCAGAAAUCUGUUUGAGAAAAAUCCAAACAAGGAGCCAAAAUCCUGGGCAAACAUAUCAGGACCGACUCCCAUCUUUGACCCUACAGUUCACUGGCUGUUCACCACAUGUGGGGCCAGCGGGCCCCACGGCCCCACACAGGCCCAGUGCAACAACGCCUACCAGAACUCCAACUUGAGCGUGGUGGUGGGGAGCGAAGGGCCCUUGAGGGGCAUCCAGAUUUGGAAAGUGCCAGCUACUGACACCUACAGCAUCUCAGGCUACGGAGCAGCUGGUGGGAAAGGCGGGAAGAACACCAUGAUGCGGUCUCAUGGCGUGUCUGUCCUGGGCAUCUUCAACCUGGAGAAGGAUGACACGCUGUACAUCCUUGUUGGCCAGCAAGGGGAGGAUGCCUGUCCCAGGGCGAACCAACUAAUCCAGAAAGUCUGUGUUGGCGAGAACAACGUGAUAGAAGAAGAGAUCCGAGUCAACAGAAGCGUGCACGAGUGGGCAGGAGGAGGUGGAGGUGGGGGUGGAGCCACCUACGUGUUUAAGAUGAAAGAUGGAGUACCUGUACCCCUGAUCAUUGCAGCCGGCGGUGGUGGCAGGGCCUAUGGGGCCAAGACAGACACGUUCCACCCAGAGAGACUGGAGAAUAACUCCUCAGUUCUAGGGCUGAACGGCAAUUCCGGAGCCGCAGGUGGUGGAGGCGGCUGGAAUGAUAACACUUCCUUGCUCUGGGCCGGAAAGUCUUUGCUGGAGGGUGCCGCUGGAGGACAUUCCUGCCCCCAGGCCAUGAAGAAGUGGGGGUGGGAGACAAGAGGGGGUUUCGGAGGGGGUGGAGGGGGGUGCUCCUCAGGUGGAGGAGGCGGAGGAUAUAUAGGUGGCAACGCAGCAUCAAACAAUGACCCCGAAAUGGAUGGGGAAGAUGGGGUUUCCUUCAUCAGUCCAUUGGGUAUUCUGUACACCCCGGCCUUAAAAGUGAUGGAGGGCCAUGGGGAAGUGAAUAUCAAGCAUUAUCUAAACUGCAGUCACUGUGAGGUAGACGAAUGCCACAUGGACCCCGAGAGCCACAAAGUCAUCUGUUUCUGUGACCAUGGGACCGUGCUGGCUGACGAUGGUGUCUCCUGCAUUGUGUCACCCACCCCGGAACCCCACCUGCCGCUCUCUCUGAUCCUCUCUGUCGUGACCUCUGCCCUGGUGGCUGCCCUUGUCCUGGCGUUCUCCGGCAUCAUGAUCGUGUACCGCCGGAAGCACCAGGAGCUGCAAGCUAUGCAGAUGGAACUGCAGAGCCCCGAGUAUAAGCUGAGCAAGCUCCGGACCUCGACCAUCAUGACCGACUACAACCCCAACUACUGCUUUGCUGGCAAGACCUCAUCCAUCAGUGACCUGAAGGAGGUGCCACGGAAAAACAUCACCCUCAUCCGGGGCCUAGGCCAUGGCGCAUUUGGGGAGGUGUAUGAAGGCCAGGUAUCUGGAAUGCCCAAUGACCCAAGCCCUCUACAAGUGGCUGUAAAGACACUGCCAGAAGUGUGUUCGGAACAAGAUGAGCUGGAUUUCCUCAUGGAAGCUCUGAUCAUCAGCAAAUUCAACCAUCAGAACAUUGUUCGCUGCAUUGGAGUGAGUCUGCAAGCCCUGCCCCGCUUCAUCCUGCUGGAGCUCAUGGCUGGUGGGGACCUCAAGUCCUUCCUCAGGGAGACACGCCCUCGCCCAAACCAGCCCUCCUCCCUGGCCAUGCUGGAUCUACUGCAUGUGGCUCGGGACAUUGCCUGUGGCUGUCAGUACCUGGAGGAAAACCACUUCAUCCACCGGGAUAUUGCUGCUAGAAACUGUCUUCUAACCUGUCCAGGCGCUGGAAGAAUAGCAAAGAUUGGAGACUUUGGGAUGGCCCGAGACAUCUACAGGGCCAGCUACUAUAGAAAGGGUGGGUGCGCCAUGCUGCCAGUGAAGUGGAUGCCCCCAGAGGCCUUCAUGGAAGGAAUAUUUACUUCUAAAACAGAUACAUGGUCUUUCGGAGUGUUGCUGUGGGAAAUAUUUUCUCUUGGGUAUAUGCCAUACCCCAGCAAGAGCAACCAGGAAGUUCUGGAGUUUGUCACCAGUGGAGGACGGAUGGACCCGCCUAAGAACUGCCCCGGGCCUGUCUACCGGAUAAUGACUCAGUGCUGGCAGCAUCAACCUGAAGACAGACCCAACUUUGCCAUCAUUUUAGAGAGGAUUGAGUACUGCACCCAGGAUCCGGAUGUCAUCAACACAGCUCUGCCCAUAGAAUAUGGCCCAGUGGUGGAGGAGGAGGAGAAAGUGCCCAUGAGGCCCAAAGACCCCGAGGGGAUGCCUCCUCUGCUGGUGUCCCCCCAGCCCACGAAGCACGAGGAGGCGCCCGCCCUCCCCCAGCCCGCAGCCCUGGCGGCGCCAGGUCCCUUGGUGAAGAAGCCCCCGGCGGCGGCCGUGGGAGCGUUAGCGGGUGUGGGUGCGGCUGCGAGUCGGGUGCCCCGAGGGGCGGCCGAUCGGGGCCACGUGAACAUGGCGUUCUCGCAGCCCAACCCUCCCCCGGAGCUGCACAAGAGCACGGGCUCCAGAAACAAGCCCACCAGCCUGUGGAACCCCACCUACGGCUCGUGGUUCACGGAGAAGCCAGCCAAAAAGACCCAUCCCCCACCGAGCGCCGAGCCGCAGGCGCGGGCAGAAGCGGCAGAGGGUGGCUGGACCGGGCCGGGCGAGGGACCCCGCAGACCGGGGGCUGCGCUGCUGCUCGAGCCAUCGGCUCUGAGCGCCACCAUGAAGGAGGUGCCGCUGUUCAGGCUGCGCCACUUCCCCUGCGGGAACGUCAACUAUGGCUAUCAGCAGCAGGGUCUCCCCUUGGAAGCCACCGCUGCCCCUGGGGACACCGUGAUGAAAAGCAAGAAUAAGGUCACCCAGCCAGGGCCCUGAGCCCUGCGGCCACACUAGUUUCUCCCCCUGGAGGAGCCGGAGCCCUCCCGGAGAGAGACGGACUGAAUGGCUUCACCACAAACCAGAGACCAAAUAUCACUUUCAUUUUGUGCCAACUUGUUUUGAAGUGCCACAUUUAAAUAAUAAUAAUAAUAAGCAAAACUUGUAUUUUCAAGAUGCGUUAGAAAGGUUUUGGAGCAUGGGUUCAUCUAUCCUUUCAAAAGAAGAAAAUGCCAUUUUUAAAAAAGCGAUCAGUACAAGGCCCGGAUUGGUUGCGUCAAGUUUCUGUGCAUGGUCCGCUGUACAGUCCCCUAAGGCUUCUUUCCGCAUUAGUGUGCUCUCUGCUUCCGUGUAGUCAGGACUAGCUGCUUCCGUGUCUCAUAGAGGGAAUCGUAGAUGUUUCCUUGCCUGGUGGACAUGAGCCAUUCAAGGGGGCAAGGGGACAGAAAUGAAGGAAUUAAUUGCAAUGACUUAGCAUGGGGAGAGACAUUCAUUAUAUUUGGAAAAGAAAACUCAUAAGCUGACAUCGCUGUGGGUUGUGGUUAGAGGCUUUUAAUUGUUCUAACUCAUUGCCUAUUGUAAAAAAAAAACAGUCGUGAAUAGUUCGUAGUAUAGUGAAAACGUGUAUAUAUAUUCAUCUAAGCGAAAUGCAUACAUCUCAAGUGCUUUGCGUAGAAUGAAACACCAGUAGCGAUCCAGCGAUUCAAAUGCCCUGUUAACAUACCUCAUGCCUUAAGAAAAUCUUCCUACUAAAAGUUAAAUACCGAGUGUGAGGUUUCCUACUGGAUUUAAAACUCAAGAUUGAAAUUCUUGUAUUUCAGACUUUCCAUUAAUUCAGAUCUGAUCACCUUAAAAAAAAAAGUAAGUAGCAGUGAUCCAUAGAAGCAUAGAAAGAUGCCCAAUUGUGGACAUGGAUGUCAAUACGUGGGAGGCCCCAACCUUCCCAUCCCAGUGUUCCUCCCCUUGGUGACUCACUGGACCACUCCAGGGGCUUAGACCCUGGCCCAUCCUUCCCCAGUUCCCCCCAGCUUUCUCUCCCUUAGCCAUGAGGUCCUGGUGUGCUGGGAACACAGAUAUGAUCGUAUAUUCAUAGCAUAAUUUAUACAGAUCUCAGAUGCAGAUUACAGCAAAGCAUUUUUCCUCCAGGUGGCAGUGAGGACAGGAAUUACAUGUUGCUUGGACAGUUGAGGUCGUUGAAGUUGAUGCUGUGUUUCGUGGGCGUUCUGAACCUGGUUUUCACAGAUGAAAUUUAUUUCUAUGAAAUGGAAUCGGGAACCCAUUAAAUUUUAUACACAUGCUUAUGCAAUGCCGAGUUUAUCUGUAUGUUUUCAUUUCCCUUUCCUCCGCUUCUGUUUCCUCACGUCCAGUUCGCUGCGAAGCAUCUCUUUGGGGGAAAGGGUUUUGUUACUUGCUAUGUACAAAGCAUUCCCAA